AUGCCAGCAGAUGAGGUACAAGAAACUCCACAGGAAGAAGUUCAGAUACAACCAGACAUGGAAGAAAUAGUUCAGCAACAACAGCUAGAAGAGCCUGAAGGAAACGAACAAGUCACUCCUUUGGAAACUAACUUCACAGAACUAGAUGA